CUCCCUCCAUGGAAACGGGAGGCCCUCCGUGAAUUCCUCCUGCGUGUCUCUCUGCCGCCCGGCGCCUCCCGUCCUACCCCAGUCGCGCGCGGCGUUUAGCCUCUUUUAUCGGUUUGUUGUUUUUCCGUCUCUCCCCCUCGUAUCCUUUAUCACGGCCCCGGCCAUGGCGGCGAGUGCCAAGCGAAAACAAGAGGAGAAGCACCUGAAGAUGCUCCGGGAGAUGACCAGCUUAGCGCCCAACCGCAAGUGCUUCGACUGCGACCAGCGCGGCCCGACCUACGCGAACAUGACGGUCGGCUCCUUCGUCUGCACCUCCUGCUCCGGCAUCCUGCGAGGCCUGAACCCUCCCCACAGAGUGAAGUCCAUUUCUAUGACGACAUUCACACAACAGGAAAUAGAAUUUCUACAGAAGCACGGCAAUGAGGUAUGCAAACAAAUAUGGUUGGGCUUGUACGAUGACAGAACCUCAGCCAUCCCGGACUUCAGGGAACCUCAGAAAGUCAAAGAAUUCCUCCAGGAAAAAUAUGAGAAGAAAAGAUGGUAUGUUCCUCCAGAGCAGGCUAAGGUAGUAGCCUCAGUCCAUGCCUCUAUUUCAGGCUCGUCAGCCAGCAGUACCAGCAGUACUCCGGAGGUGCGGCCCCUCAAAACCUUGCUGGGAGAAACGGCACCGACCCUGCACCUCAGCAGAAACACACCUAGCCAGUCCCCUGUAGUGUCGCGUACUCAGUUGACUCAGCAGGACAGGAAGUUUGAUCUACUCAGCGAUUUGGGCGGAGACAUCUUUGCUGCUCCACCCUCUCAGUCCGCAGGCGGCGCAAACUUCGCCAACUUCGCACAUUUCAAUAGCCAUCCAGCAUCACAGAAUGCUAAUGCUAGCGCAGACUUUGCUAAUUUUGAUGCGUUUGGGAGCUCUGCUGCUGCGGCUGCACCGAGUGCUGCGUUUCCCCAAGCCCCACAACAAGCAACAUUUCAACCUGCACAAACAGUGCUCUCCGCUCUUCCAUCCAGUCGCAGUGUGGGAGAGUUCCCCUCAGUGCCGCCCCUACUGGCCACUCACAGUGGCUCGUCAGGGCAGGCCAAUGCCAACUUUGCAAACUUUGACAACUUCCCCAAGUCAUGUAGUGCUGACUUCGCCUCAUACGGCAGCUCCCAGACUAACUGCGCUGGGGGAGGGGCUAAAGCCGAGGGCUUCGCUGUACCUGCGGACAGGUACGCCGCACUCGCUGACCUGGACAACAUCUUCAGCUCAGUCAAACCUGAUCAAGGCACAAGCACAGGCACAGGCUCUAGUGGUGCAAGCUCAGCUCCUCCCUCUGCAGGUGUGGGUCCGCCCCCUCCACAGGCAGCCAUGCUGGGAGGUGAUCGCUAUGCUGCACUGGCUGCCCUGGACAACGUCUUCAGCUCCUCAUCCUCCACCACCAGCAGUUUCAACACAGUCACCAAUACACAGGGGACCGUGUUCGGAGCUUCUACUGGAGUAUCUUCUGCACAGCCACAGCAGGGGUCGCUGCCGAGCAUUCCUCAGGGCUUCACAGGCCCAUCUACAAAUCCCUUUGUCGCUACUGCUGUGCCACAGGCUGCUGUCCCCACCAAUCCGUUCCAGACCAAUGGGAGAGCGGUGGCAGGAGCAGCAGAUGCACAUGCAGCAGCCUCAUUUGGUCCUGGCUCCAUGAGCAUGCCAGCUGGGUUUGGAAAUGCUGCUGCCUACAACCUCCCCACCAGCUUCAGUGGAAGCUUCCAGCAAGCCUUCCCCAGCCAGGGCUUCCCCCAGCAGCAGCCCUACCCUCAGCAACCAAACGGUGGAGGUUUUGCUGCAUUUGGUGGACAGGGCAAGACUGUAGUAGCUCCUUUUGGACAGAACAUGGCAUCAGCAGGAGUUACCAAUAAUCCGUUUUUGGCGGGGGCACCGGCGGGACAGUAUCCUGCAGGAAACUCCUCCACAAACCCUUUCUUAUAGCACGUCCUUCUCUUCCACACCACCAGGGGGAGACUCAGUUGCACCUCUUGCACUGUUUUGUUUUUCGAGUAGCUUUAAAAAAAUUGUCUCUUGAACUUUUUUAAAAUGAGUUUGAUGAACUACAACAGCAUUUCACUCAACAACGGUGUAACACGGUGAUACAUCCACGUUGAAAGGAAAACAAAGCAAGGUAUUGGGGUUCCUCCAGGGAAGGGUUUUCCCUCCUUCCUCUGCUGAAUCUGUGAAAUUGCCUGGCCUGAUGUACUUUCAAACUGGCAGACAACUAAGUUAUUGCAACAAUGUCCUGUGCAUUUUAAUGCUGCAGUCCUGUACAUAUUUUUUCUCAGAAAUGGCAGAAAUUUAGCAUAUCAGUAUUUGUAUCUUAAACAUGCGCGUAUACACACACAUACACACACACACACACACACACACACACACACACACACACACACACACACACACACACACACACACACACACACACACACA